GAUGUGGCAGUGGACUUCUGCGACGUUUCUUCCCUUUUUUGAGCGCGUGCAGCCUGCCGCGUGGGCCCGUGUUUUGGCCUGCUGCCUUACAUGGGCAAACCUCUGAACUCACUCAGACGGCUGGAAUGCUGAGGCGUGACGUCACUGGCCACAACUCUCCCAGAUUUUGGUUCAAGAAGUUUCACUUUUUUUGGUGGGAUUUCAGCUUCUCCCGGGUUUCCUAGAAAGCACAGAGAUUGCAACACACUGCAGAGAGCUCAACCAUCUUCCAGAAACUUUUUUUAUACAAAGAAGGAAACAGGAUCCCGCCACUGUGACCCUCACAGGAGUCAAGUGUUGAACCAUGUGGAACCCAGCAAACACCCAGUCGGGACAAGUGACUGCCAGGAUGGAGACGACUCCAUCUAUGGGGAGUGCCAGCAUCUCCGUCUCUCAGCAGCAGGUGCCCAAGAAGUUUGCCCCGGUGGUCGCACCCAAACCCAAGUUCAACCCCUACAAACAGGGUGCUCACUUCGAUCCAGCAGCGGACCUCCCUCCCCCUCCACCACCUGUCCACGAGUCCGCCGGCCUGCCGUCACCACAGGGCUCCUUCCCUCCUCCGCCGCCGAUGAACUCUUACGAUUAUCAGAUGAAAGGACCUGAGAAGACCCUGGAAGAGCGGCGCUCCAGUCUGGAUGCAGAGAUCGACUCUCUCACCAGCAUCCUGGCAGACCUGGAGAGCAGCUCCCCCAGCAAGCCGCGCAGCACGCAAGCUACAAACGGAUGAUUAUUCCACCUCAUCCACCUCUGACUGCCACCAAGAAGUCUACACCUAAACCCCAGGCUCCAGGAGGAGCGUCCUCUAUCCCACCUGCUUCUGCUAGUCCAAUGGCCAAGCCCCAAACCCACAUGGCUCCCCAGCCAGUUCCAGCAUCGUACACCACUGCAUCCACUCCAAGCCAACCCACAUUUAACGUCCAGGUGAGGUCUGCCCAACCCGGCCCACAACAUCAAGCCCCGGUUGGGCAGCAUUUUGGCCAGCAGCCGGUUCGCAGCCCCUCACAGGUGCAGUACAUGCCUGCCCAGCCCAAAGGUCCCGACUUUGCUUAUGGACCACCACAGCCCGGCUUCUCUCCAAUGAUGCAUCCGGAACAGCAAUAUCUGGGAGCACCCCAAGGAGGUGGAUUGAGUUCCAGAAGGCCUGACCCCGUCCUGAUCCAAGGCUACCAACCUCCAGGCCCCAAGAAGACCUACAUCACAGAUGUCCCUCCAAGCUUAGCUCCAUACACCUCUGGACCAGGUGUUCCACCAAAAGGCAGCGCUCAUCCAGAGGAUGAACUGGAGCGCCUGACCAAGAAGAUGCUGUUUGACAUGGACAACCCGCCAUCUGAGGAGUAUUUUGGGCGCUGUGCCAGCUGUGGGGAGAACGUUGUGGGUGAAGGCACCGGCUGCACCGCCAUGGACCAGGUCUUCCACGUGACCUGCUUCAUCUGCGUGACCUGCGGCAGCAAGCUGCGUGGCAAGCCCUUCUACGCUGUGGAGAAGAAGGCGUACUGCGAGCCGUGCUACAUCAACACGCUGGAGACCUGCAGCAUCUGCAGUAACCCCAUCAUGGAGCGCAUCCUGAGGGCCACGGGGAAGGCCUACCACCCUCACUGCUUCAUCUGCGUGGUGUGUCACCGCAGCCUGGAUGGCAUCCCUUUCACCGUGGACGCCUCCAACCAAAUCCACUGCAUCGAGGACUUCCACAAGAAGUUUGCCCCCCGCUGCUGCGUGUGCUCUGAGCCCAUAAUGCCGGCGCCGGGUCAGGAGGAGACCGUUCGCAUCGUGGCCCUGGACCGUGACUUCCACGUGCAGUGUUACCGCUGCGAGGACUGUGGCACUCUGCUCUCUGAGGGGGACAACCAGGGCUGCUACCCCCUGGACGGACACGUCCUCUGCAAAAACUGUAACACCAGCCGCAUCCAGGCCCUCACCGCCAAGGCCACCACUGACCUCUGAGCAACCCGCCGGCCCGUCACCUCCACUGUACCUCCCAGCACACACUCCCUCCAUUCCUUCCUCCAUGCAAACAUACUCACCCACGCGAGCCUUCAUCCUUCUGCCAUCCCACAAUUAUCCAUCCAUACUUAACUCAGUCAAAAGCUUCACAGUUCCACACAUGUAGUCGGUACAGUUUCUGCAGAAGAAGAGGCUUCAUGGGACAAUGACGUUCAGCAGAUUGUUUUACAGUAGCAUGCAGCCUUACACUGCGAUAAAAAGUAAUUUUAUUCCACUAUAGUCGAAUAGAUGGAUCACUUUCUCUCACUCACAACGUCAGAGAGCAGACAGACUGUCAGCAGUUUGUCAGAAAACACAAUAUGGCACGGCUAUGCAAUUUUCUAAGGCAAUUGCAUCGACACUUUAUGAGAAAUUUUAUAAAUAAGGAAAUAUUUUAGCUGUACAUAUUCAAGUGUAGGUGCUGUUCUAGCAACAACGCUGUUGGUACUGUGUGACUUUUUGUGUCCUUGUGCUGUUUGUCUCUCGUCUCUGAUGUUCAGUGUUUAUCUGAGGUUGUUGGGAGAAGAAGGGACCUUUUUAAAAAAAAAAAAAUAUGGAUGAACAGAUUUGGGCCGCGACUCAGACUCGGGGCUGCAGCAGAGGGCGUCUGACGAGAGGUAAAGGUACACUGUGGAGACUUUUGUCAUACUUUCCAUCCAGUCUGCUGGUCCAGAUGUGCAUCAUUCUGAAUGUGGCGUAACAUCUGUAUUUCACCAGGCUAUUCUCAGGUUCUUCCAGUGGGAAGUAUAUGCAAAACAGUAGUGGAAAUAUGCAAAGUAGACAUAAACAGAAAAUAUAAGAACACAAAACAUGAAGAGAAGUCCUGAAUUUUAAACAAAAAGAGCUACAAACAUUUAUAGAAUUAGUGUAUACACCGUGCUUUUCUUUGAGCAAGAAUGUAGAGGCAAGAAAAAGUAAAACAUUACAACAAAACUCGAGUCAUCCUGCGCUCAGCAAGCAGUAAAAGCUGCUGGAUUAAAGAACAAAAUCAGUCGUUUUUUUUUUUUGUUUUUUUUCCAGAUCUACUCAACACGUUCGCCUCAUGAUGAGAAGCUGUGAAGCAGAACGUCCCUUUGUUUACAUAAAAGAUCCUCCACAGGGUACCUUUAACCACCAGAGUGUGUAAUGAAUAUGUAAUAGCUGGUGACACUUUCACACUUCAUCAGCUGGGUUAGUUUGCGUUCAAACAGGAUGCAAACAGACGCUUUGCUUUUUCCUUUUUUUUCCUAUUUGCUUUAUUACAUCUCAAGCUUGUUAUUCUGUCUGUACUGAAACAUGAAAGUUGGGAUGUUAAAAAGAGAUGUCCGCUGACAAACAACAACCUCUCCAGGCUGUGUGUGCUGUGAGUGAUGCUGGGCUGUUGCCAUGGGAACUGUUUAUACGGCUCUUUUGUGGAACAACUCUUUAAAAGCAAUCCAAUUUGAAAUAGUUCAAAUUAGUCGCAUUAUGGAACCUAAACUCUUCAAUGAUCAAACGCACUCUGCAGGAACAAACUCUCUUUUCCGUCAUCUCAGUUUAAAAGUCCAUGAUGAUUCAUCUUCUACUUAAAGAUCUUAUUUUUGUUUGUCAAAAAUUAAAAGAAAAUACAACUUUUUUGAUCAAUUUAUAUAACUGUGAAAAGGAAAAAGUCACCUAGUGCCUUUAAAUUAAAAUGUUAAAAUCAAUCCUGAAUGUUUUGACUCCAUCAGCAGCAGAGCCUUCCCUCCCUGUGUUACCAUGUACAGGCGCACACACAGUACGUCUCCUGUCUGACGUGAAUAAAAGCUUGAUGUUAAGAGGAUCAGUUAAUGAAUUUUCAAGUCCUUGUUGUGCGUUUGUGUUGUCGUUUUUCCAGCCCUCCUUGUAAAAGUGCCUUUGGCAGAGCACUUAUGAUUCUCGUUUGCCCUGCCACAAAGAUCUGACCUUGUUUACUUGUUUGUAACCAAAGUAAAUCAAAAGUUUACUUCUUUUUUUUUUGGACCAUCUCUGUGAGAACCCACUCUUCCAUCAGGUCUGUCAGAGUUUAACUGGCGUUUUGGGUCUGUCAGAGAGACAUCUAUUCUUUAUUUUUCUCUUUUCUUUUGCUUUUUAAUAAAGCUUCGCAAUAAGA